GCUGUUCACCUGACAGCACACGCUUUUCAACAAAAGUUGGAUGAUUACAACAUAAAAAGCCCAAGGAAUUCCUAAUCAUUCAUCUUUUUUCCUAAAAUAAUAAAUAUUUUAAGAGUUUAUAAAUAAAAUAAAGUACAAAAGUAAAUCAUAAACAAUGGCAAACAAGGAAGCAGCAACAACCUCUUUAGAUUCUUUGGACAAGGAACAAAUGAAAACGUUCACAGACUUCCUAAUGUCCUAUAACAAACUGUCGGAAAUGUGUUUCACAGACUGUGUGCGAGAUUUCACUGCCAGAGAAGUCAAGGAGAGUGAGGAAAAAUGUUCCCUGAAUUGCAUGGAAAAAUAUUUGAAAAUGAAUCAGAGAAUUUCCCAAAGAUUCCAAGAGUUCCAAAUGAUUGCCAAUGAAAAUGCUUUAGCAAUGGCCCAGAAAACCGGCAAGUUAUAGAGACAUCGGAAUGAAGCCAACAUUAGCGGCAUCACCACCAAAUAUGUGUUGUAGUCAAACAACGGGGGAGAAGAAUACUUAAACACAUUCUCAGUUACCUAAAAUUGUUUUUUUUUAUAAAAAAAAAGUGAAACAUGUUUAGUUAAAAACCAGUUUUGUUUUGCAUUUCAAUAAAUGUUUUAAAAUCCGAAAAAA